AUGCUCGUUUUCGGUGGUGUUGCAGUUGCACAGGAUUCAUUCGGCGACCCCUUUGAGAAGGGCAAAUUACAGAAUCCGAAUUGGGAAUGGCAAAACGAACCCCCCAAAUGGGAUGUCGGCGAUACCCGUGAGAAUUUUCUGUUUAUUGACAGCGAACCCAACCGAAAUCUCUGGGCGACUGACCAAUCACAUCUGCUGUAUCAGGAAACCGACACAGAUAUAUUUGAUGUCGAAACCCACUUCUUUGCCAGAUGGGAUACCAGUUCCGGGGUCAAUGGGCUUGUCGUGAAAAGCCCGAAGGAUGACAAUUGGGUAACCAUUAAAUUCUGGUCACGAGAUGCAGCCGCAAAAGGGCAAAUCCAAUAUCAGACGAAACAGAAUGAAGGUGGUGGUGGUCUCACCGGAAACGCUGGGUUCACCCCUGAAUUUGGAGAAACUGAAUUGUUCCUUCGACUCGCCAAAGAUGCAGAUGAAUACAGUGCUUGGUAUAAAACCAAGGAAAAUGAAGAUUGGAUUGAGAUUGGUGUGACUGAAUUUGAACUCACGCCACCCUUAUGGCUCGGUGUUUAUGCCGGUGUCGCAGCAGGCGCAGGGAGUCUUGAAGUAGACUACGAAUACUUCAAUGAUAACCUAAAUCCUUUCCCUGUUGAACCCGGUGGAAAAGCAACAACAACUUGGGCAGCCGUAAAAACCCAAUAUUGA